CCUAACAACUUAUCAAAGAGUUCCCAACAGCUCUGAACCGUUGGCUCCACAAAUGAAACCCGUUCCCUUUCAGCGCUGACCAGACUCACAUCUAUGCCUCGCGUUUCGAAAACGGGCACCCUUUUAAGUCUCUUUAGGUCCAGAAAGUCCAGCAGAGGUAGCGCAGCAUCCAUGAAUGCUGCCUAUGAAAACCUGGAAGACGAAGGCACCGGCCGACGUUUCUCACCACAGUUACAGGACAGGGAAGAGCUGAUGCCCGUUGAAAUAUGUAGCAGAGACAACGCCAGCUCUGGCGCCGCCGAGGGAACGGCCAGCUCAAAGGACUGCAACGCUGAGGACGAAGCUCGGGCUCUCCAUGACACCCUUCUCCAGUUCCAAGAGUUUAGAGAAACCCAAAUCCAUCUGGAGAGAUGCCUGCAAACCCUUAGAACCAGCUACUACCAAGACCACAGUGUGAUAAUGCAUGCCCUCGAAGAAGAAAUAUCAAGGAAGGACGAUUUAACAAAGGAACUUGCUGACUUCAUUGAGCUUUACCAGAAUGAAACUCUGAGUUUGAGAGAGGAGCUGGGCAGCACCAAGGAGCUGAUUGAGUAUCGGGUUGAGGAAGUGACAAAAGAUUUCCAUGAGGCGCUGGCGGCUCUUCAGAACCGUGUGCUGGAGCUUGAAAAGCAGCCACAACAGAUGGAGGUCCAGAGACCUCAGGAAACCAUGCUAGGAAGAGUGCUCAGCUUCCCGCUUGCCAUCUGGUCAGGCUUUUUAACGGUGGUUUCCACACCGGGCCACUUCCUCAUGUCCCUCAAACCAUCUGGCCCCAUACUUUUUGCUGUUCUCUCAGCAGUCGUCCUCCCAGUCAUCUUAAAUGACCGCUUUGCUAGAUGCAACUUCUUCUCUCCACAUUAAGAUCUCCUGGAUGUGAAUAAUAAAGAC